UCCAGCGUUUCCGCUUUUUCAUUCUCUCCUCCCUUAUCUCUCGAGCUGAUCCACUGAUCUACUCCCCCAUUAGAUAUUGUAACGUUAUCGAUAGCUAGCCACCAUCAUCGAAUAGCUAGAUAUGGACGAUUUUGACAUGCUCAGCGCACCACAGGCUGCGGCCGGCAAUGGGACGGAGGAAGACCCCGCUGCCGCAUUCUUGGCCCAGCAAGAAAGCGAGAUCGCGGGGAUUGAGAACGACGAAGGAUUCAGCAUCCUGGACAGCGGAGAGGUUCCAACGUCGCUAGACAACAAUCUGACAGGCGACGCAAACGAUGCAGUGGAUGGUGCUCUUAACGGAGACAUUCAUGAGAGCAAUGGCCCGUCUGAUGCAUACUCAGCCAUCUCCAGUGCCGACCGGCUGCAGGCUGAGCCAGAGAGCUUGCGUAAAUGGAGGGAGGAGCAGAGAGAGAGGCUGGAGGUCCUAGAUGCUAACUCUCGUAAGCAGGAGUCUGAGUGGAAGGACAAGGCCAAGGUAGAGCUGGAGGAGUGGCACACUAGACAGGACGAGCAGCUGGAGAAGACUAAAGUGAACAACAGGGUGCUGGAUGAGGAUUUCUACAAACAACCCUUCUCUGACCUGAUUGGUUAUGUAGCGGCCGAGGAGGCCAUGCUGUCGGACAUGGACGAGAACAACCCCGGCACCGAGUGGGAGCGCGUGGCGCGCCUCUGCGACUUCAACCCAAAGUCCAGCAAGCAGGCCAAAGACGUUUCCCGCAUGCGCUCUGUCCUCAUCUCCCUCAAGCAGGCCCCUCUGGUCCGCUAAACCCCUCCCCCCUCUCUUUCUAUUAGACAUCUCAGUUCAGUCCCUCCCCCUUCGCACUAACCAUUCAAUGUUUGCAUAUCUGAAGGCUCUGGAUACGUAAAAGCAGUGUAGUGGUGGAGCUUCCACAAUCCACCAUGUUGCUUUCACCUUACAGAUCUGUUAACAUUGAGGGUCCAAGGGAGUGAAUUGAGACGGUUGUAUCUCUACCCUUCCCUGACCCUAACCCUCUCUGGACCCAGAUUGCAACCAACCUCUCAUAGGGCAAUGUAUCAUUCCCCCCCAACCCACCUACCUGACCUGGGGUCGUUGUAAAUGGAUUGAUGAUAUCAUUCCCCUCUUCCAUCUCCCUUUCCAUCAUUAAAGAACAAAAGAAGUA